AUGGCGCAAAAGGGAUCUCCGCCUCCGCCUCCUCCUCCACCAUCACCUCCUACGCCUCCUCCACCUACAUCUCCUACCCCUCCUCCUCCUCCACCUUCCCCUCCAACUCCUCCUCCACCUUCAGCUUCAGCUUCACCUUCACCUCCUACUCCUCCUCCUUCUCCUCCUCCUCCACCUUCACCUCCUACUUCUCCUCCACCUUUACCUCCUCCUCCGCCUCCUCCUCUUCCACCUUCACCUCCAACUCCUCCUCCACCUUCAACUCUUCCACCUUCACCUCCCCCUCCUCCUCCCAGAAUCGUCUAUAAAAAGACAAGAGAACAUUCAAAAUACAGACAAGCCACACUUUUGGCUAAAAAUAAGUAUGCUUACCCAUUCAACACAGUAUUCACAACACUUCUCUCAAAAAGUACUUUUGCAGAAGCCAUCUUGGCUCUGCUGCCUCUGUAA